AUGCAGCCGCUCGCUCUCGCCCUCCUCGUCGGUGGCGCCAUUGCCGCCCCGGCCCCGACCCCCGCCGCACCCCUCGCUGCGCGCGCAGACGUCCUCGCUCCCACGGCCGCCUGGAUCAGCGUCGCUGGCGACGGCGUGCCCAGUACCGUCACCCCCGUGCCGACAACCAUCUCCGGCACCCCGACCUACGCCUCCGCGGCGCCCAACGCGCUGACCGGCAGCGUCUUCACCAUCACCGACUUCAGGCUCGUCAAGGUCACCACGAGCACCGGCGCCCCGCCCGUGCCCACCGCCGACCACAAGAACGGCCAGGGGGCCUUCGCCCCCUGCAGCAACUCCGACGGCGACUUUGCGCCGUUCUGCGACCCGGCCAAGGGAAGCACGCUGUACACCGACACGACGUACUAUGUAACCUGGGACUCCUCCGUCCUCAUCAAGGGCAACCAGACCGAUGUCCGCGUCAAGAUCAAGGGCAAGGAGGUCAACGGCACCACCGUCGGCGACGUCGUCUUCAACAAGGACACCGAGUCCUCCCAGCUCGCGGCCUACGGGUACUACGCCUGGACCGUCAGCAGCGGCCUGAUCCCCAAGGGCCAGGACAACGCGACCAUCGAGCUGCUCAUGACCUACACCAUCAACGGCGUCGCGCAGACCGACAUCACGGGCCCGCAGGUCCUCGUCUCCAAGCGCGCGACGUACCACCCCGAGGGCGCCAAGAUCCCCAAGGGCCAGGAGCUGUACAUUGCGCUGCCGACCGUGUUCGGGUUCCUCAUCAUCUGCCUCAUCGGGGGCUGCAUCUGGAACCGCAAGACGCGGACGAUCGGGCUCGGCAACAUCAUGAGCCGCUCGAGGCACGGGUACGGCGUCGGCAAGUCGCGCGCGCAGAGGCUCGGCGCCAAGGUCAGGAAGAGCGUGUUCCGCGGCAAGGACCGCGGCAUCGCGCUGCGCACGAGGGAGAUCAGCCCCGACGGGUACCAGUACCGUGACGACCCGAUGCCGCAGCAGCCGCAGUACCAGCAGCAGCAGCACACAGGCACGGGACGGCCGAGGAGGGACAGCGACGCGCUGGGCAGCCUGGCGGGCACGCCCACCUCUGACCGGUUCGAUUUCCACGACACGGGCGCACAGGGAGGUAAUGCCUUCCGCGACGAGAUGCGCAGGCAGGAGCGGGAGAGGUAUUAG